AUGAAGUCCUUGUGUAGUCAAACAGAAAAUGGAGUUGGAGAAAGUUUACAGGUGUUAUCUGGUUGCGUCAGUAUUGGACAGGUGUUAUCUGGUUGCGUCAAUAUUGGACAGGAGUUAUCUGGUUGCGUCAAUAUUGGACAGGAGUUGUCUGGUUGCGUCAAUAUUGGACAGGAGUUAUCUGAUUGCGUCAAUAUUGGACAGGAGUUAUCUGGUUGCGUCAAUAUUGGACAGGAGUUAUCUGCUUGCGUCAAUAUUGGACAGGAGUUAUCUGGUUGCGUCAAUAUUGGACAGGAGUUAUCUGCUUGCGUCAAUAUUGGACAGGAGUUAUCUGCUUGCGUCAAUAUUGGACAGGAGUUAUCUGCUUGCGUCAAUAUUGGACAGGAGUUAUCUGGUUGCGUCAAUAUUGGACAGGUGUUAUCUGCUUGCGUCAAUAUUGGACAGGAGUUAUCUGCUUGCGUCAAUAUUGGACAGGAGUUAUCUGGUUGCGUCAAUAUUGGACAGGAGUUAUCUGCUUGCGUCAAUAUUGGACAGGAGUUAUCUGCUUGCGUCAAUAUUGGACAGGAGUUAUCUGGUUGCGUCAAUAUUGGACAGGAGUUAUCUGCUUGCGUCAAUAUUGGACAGGAGUUAUCUGCUUGCGUCAAUAUUGGACAGGAGUUAUCUGCUUGCGUCAAUAUUGGACAGGAGUUAUCUGCUUGCGUCAAUAUUGGACAGGAGUUAUCUGCUUGCGUCAAUAUUGGACAGGAGUUAUCUGGUUGCGUCAGUAUUGGACAGGUGUGA